UCCAUGAAUUGUCACUUCCGUCGGUACUUCGCCUGCCACCGUCCGUCCAUGCCUCGUCAGUCCCCGAGCUGGCCGUACUGUCGCCGCGUGCCUUGAACUGCUCCUAUCUCUCUCUCUCCCCCUCCCCCUCCCACUUCGCCCCAUCGGACUUUCUUGACGGCUGCGGCGCUCGAUCGGCGGUGGGCAUUGCUCCUUCUCGGCGUGCACUGGCAGCACAGAUUGGUUUCUUAUUUUGGGGAUAACACAGCCCAUUGGUUCAGUGAGUGAUGCCUCGGAGUCGGAGCCAUCCCAAACUAAGCUCGCCUUGCUCCCCGAAGGCCGUCCACAAGGUCAUCUCCCGCUUCUCCCCCGAGAAGAAGCAGCUCGUGCGGUCAAUCGGUUUCGGGGGCCUGCUGGAGCUGCCACUGCACAGGAAGGUCGGCCACAGGUUCUCCCUGUGGCUCCUCACCAAGGUAGCACGAGAUGCCGCUGGUGCUCAACCUGCAGCAGCCGGCAAAGUAGCCGGCAUACCGUUCUACCCACACGACGUCAGCAAAGUGUUCGGCGUGCCUUCCGGAGGACGCCCGGUGCCCAAGAAGGAUCAGGGUCAGGUGCUGGUCUCCGACGAGGCCAAGGCGACCGUGCGCGGCACGCUCGGCUUGGACGAAGGAGAUGACAGCAGACUCAGAAUCCUGCAUGCUGCAAAGCAUGUACUGAAGAAGAAAUUCCGUCGGGGAAUGGCGGAGAAGGACGGGGCUGCAUUCAAGGUCGCGUUCGUGGUCUUCGUGGUGGAGAAUCUGCUGGCUCCAAGGGAGGUGGACUCUGUAUCCCUGGACUACUUCAUGGCCCUGCGGCGUCCCGAUGAGAUUCAGACGUAUGAUUGGUCCGAGUACGUGAUCCGUGUCAUACUGGACUCUGCCCGCGAAGUUCAGGCCGCUCUCGCUCAGGGGCAGCCCGUGGAGAAUCUGUUUGGGUGCAUUCUUUUCUUACAGAUAUUCUAUCUGGAUAACUUGGAUUUCGGUCAUGAGAAGAAUCUGCUGCAUCAUCAGACACUACGAUGCAAGGCGUAUGACUACGACACAAUUAAGAAGCUCGCGAAAGCCGAUCGCACCCGUUCUCGUGUUGGUGGCUUACGGUCCUUUGGUAAAAAGUUGGCACGAGAGGCCUCUGAUGUUUGUUACCAGCGUUCUGUCGCUCGAUGUGGUAACCACGUGAACGGUGUUGCGGUUGGUUCAGCCGACGGUGGAGAUCAGGAUGGCCACUCUGAUGAUAUAGUCUUCACAGAUGGUAGAGUUUUCAAUCAGAAAAUUUUAUGUGAAGUGUGUGGAGAUGUUGGUAUGGAAGAUCUUGUGAUGUUCUGCGCUUGCGGUGCUACUGUGCAUCAAUAUUGUUCAGACCCGGUUGUUCUUGAUGCAACAUUAGUAGAAUGGUCAUGUGAUGAGUGUCAGGCAAAGCAGGGCAAUGCCGCUGCUGACAAAUUAUCAGCAGAGGCGCUGAAUCGAAAGCGGCCUAGUAAUUAUCUAACGGAAAUUACAGUGGCAAGAAACGGUGUCUCGAAAAAGGCCUAUGUGCAAAAAGGAGAUCAGGAAGAACAUUUCGCGUAAGAAGUCCAGUUCAUGUGCUUGCUGACGUUGACAGAUCAAAUUCGUUCUACCCAAGGGAUUGUUUAGAGGAACUUAUGUCACCUAUGUGUGCGUCUAUUAGUGCACUUGUUUUUUUUUUCAGUUAUGAUCUGUGCAGAUUAAACCUUCUGGUUUCCCGGCUGCCUGUCUACUAGUACUAGAAUCGUGGCAUCAAUGAGGUGGAUAUAUGUCUCAAAAAGGUUUUGUAGUAGCCA